AUGAAGCUACAGACAUUCGCCUGCACUCUCGCGGGUCUCGCCUCCUUGCCAAGUGCGAUGGCAUGGGGCGCUGCUGGCCAUGAGAUAGUCGCUACAAUUGCUCAAAUUCACCUCGAUCCCUCCGUGCUGCCGGUCCUCUGCGACAUACUCUAUCCUCCCUCUUCCUCCUCUCACAAGGCCUCGACAUCUAGUGCUUACCCGCCCUGCCACCUCGCCCCUAUCGCCGCCUGGGCCGACCGCGUGCGCGGCAGUCCUGCAUACCGCUGGACUGCUCCCCUGCACUACGUCGGUGCGGUCGACGAUGCUCCUGCAGACUCCUGCGCUUUCCCCGGUCCUAACGGCUGGGCCGGGCGGCACAACAUCAAUGUGCUCGCGGCAGUGAGCAACAAGACAGGCCAGGUGGCCGCGUUCCUCUCUGGCGAGGCGGGCCUGCACGAGGGCGAGGAGGCGCUGAAAUAUCUCGUGCACUUCAUGGGGGACAUGCAUAUGCCGCUUCAUCUCACAGGGAAGGAGCGCGGCGGCAAUGGUGCGAAGGUGACAUAUGAUGGCCGCGUCUCGAACCUGCACAGCGUGUGGGACAAUCUGCUCAUCGCACAGGCGCUGCGCACGGUGCCCCCGAACUAUACCUGGCCGCUGCCCGACAUGCGCGGCGUCGAGGCGCACCUGCGCGGUGCGAUCUACGAUCCGUACAUCCGCAGGAUCAUCUACGAAGGCUUCGGCACCGACGCCGUGGCCGGGCGCUUCACGGACGUCGAGGAAUGGCUCGACUGCCCCGCCGACGACAGCGACGCGGGCGGGAAAUGGCUGCCCGACGCAGCAUCAGCAUUCACCGCCCAGCACCCCACGCUGUCUCUGAAGAGGAACGCGGGCAUCCGCAAGCGCCACCGCGCGUCCCGCCCCAAGUUCGCGCCCGCCAAGCGUGACUUGUGGGGGUGGGCCUGGGGGGCGCUCGCGCGCGUGUGGCGCGGCGGGCAUGAUGAGGAGCGGUGGGACACCGACGCGCUCUGUCCGUACGCGUGGGCGCGCGAGAUCCACCAGCUGAACUGCGCGCUGCCCGUGUGGCCCGCGGGGCUCUCCCUCUCUGCCGCCGCGGGAGACGGAGACGGCACUAUCAUGGGUUAUUGGGUUGCGUGGAGUGAGGGUGGUUGCUUGAAGGUGUGA